CAAAAAUCAGUUGCAAUUUAAAACUCGUUCGAAACACUACAGAGAACAAACAAGUAUUUAUUGCAAAUAGUAAUAAUUCCACAAAAUAUGAAAAAGCUACUUAUAAAUUCUUUAGCACUUUUGUGCUUAAUACAAAGUUCCUUGGCUCAACAGACAAAUAAACGAUUAGUUUGUUAUUACGACUCAGAAAGUUCCACUAGAGCAGCCUUUGCUCAAUUACCACAACAUGAAUUGGAAUAUGGUUUACAAUUCUGCACCCAUUUGGUUUAUGGCUAUGCUGGUCUAACACGUGAGACUUAUGAUAUCUACAGUCUAAAUGUGGAUCGUGAUAUGUUCCACUAUCGCCAAAUAACCGCUAUGAAAUCGAAAUUUCCUCAUUUGAAAAUAUUUUUAAGUGUGGGUGGUGAUAAGGAUAUCGAUACAGUGGAUCCUAAUAAAUACAUACACUUUUUGGAGGGUGGUAAACCUCUAUAUCAAAAUUUCAUACAGUCCUCGAUUAAUCUGCUUAAGACUAACGGUUUCGAUGGUCUCGAUUUGGCUUUCCAAUUUCCUCGUAAUAAACCACGUAAAGUUCACUCACAAAUUGGUAUGGUCUGGAAAAAGUUUAAGAAAUUGUUUACGGGAAAUUUCAUUGUCGAUACAGAGGCAGAGAUCCAUAAAGAACAGUUUACGGAUUUUGUGGGUGAUUUGAAAAAUGCCUAUAACAUUGCUAAUUUGUCAUUGAGUUUGACAGUGUUGCCGAAUGUUAAUUCAACAUGGUACUUUGAUAUUCCCAAAAUCCACAAUCAAUUCGAGUAUAUCAACCUAUUUGCCUUCGAUUUCCUCACACCCGAACGUAAUCCUGAAGAAGCCGACUACACUGCACCCAUUUAUCUCAAAGAUGAACAGAAUCGUUUGCCUCACUAUAACAUCGACUUUCAAGUACAACAUUGGAUUACUAAUGGCUGUCCGGCCAAUAAACUUAACUUGGGCAUUGCUACUUAUGCACGAACCUGGAAAAUAACCACCGAUUCUGGAUUGACGGGCAUGCCUGUGGUGCCAGCUACCCAAGGAGCAGCAGAGGCAGGUUUACAAUCGAAAAAGGAAGGUCUCCUUAGUUGGCCUGAAGUAUGUGCCAAAGUGACCAUAACACCGGCUGGAGAUUAUAGAGGUGCCAAUGCUCCCGUACGCAAAGUAACCGAUUUAGAGCAUAAAUAUGGUAAUUAUGCUUUUCGUCCAGCCGAUGAAAAUGAAGAACAUGGCAUUUGGAUGAGUUUUGAUGAUCCAGACUUUGCUGCCAUUAAGGCUGAAUAUGCCGUACAGAAGGGUAUGGGUGGUGUGGCCCUGUACGAUAUUAGUUAUGAUGAUUUUAGAGGCUUAUGUACGGGCGCCAAAUAUCCCAUUUUGCGUUCGGUUAAAAGUUAUUUAUAGAUUACGUUUAGUUAUUAAGGAAAUUUCUAGAUUUUAGUGAAAAAAAAAAUAUAUUUUUAAAAAAAAA